UUGUGAAGUACAGCUGACCUAACCCUGAUACAGUUGCCUGGGAUGGCUAAAAAAGGGUACAAAUGAGGCCAAAACGUCCAGUUACUGUGCAGCAGGAGAAAGAAAUAAUUUUCCCCUCUCCUCUUAUAUUCAGUUCCUGGGGCCUGCGAACUAAUCUGGUAUCUAAAAGACAGAUUAACAGGAGAAAAAGGUUUAGGUCAAAUGCACGUGGGAGCCCACAGAGAAAGUGAGUGUCUCAUUCAAUGGUUAGAGUUAAAGGCUUAGAUUAAUAUAUCUAAGUCGGCAGGGAAAGGGAAAGCAGGGGAAAGGCUUCUUAGGGGAAGAGCAAACGGGUUUCUUUAGGACAAACAGGUUUUUAGCAGAACGGUUGGGAAGUAAAGCUGUUGGUGAUAACGUUUGCCUAUACAGUUGAGAAAGGUUUUUGUGUCCUCUUCCAGGUCAUGAUGCUUCCCUGAUGAAGGGAUUUAAGGCAGGUUUUACUCUCAUUCUCUUCUCUGGGAGUAGAGCCACUCUGAAGAGGAAUUUAUGGCAGCUUUAUUUCCCAGGAGUUUCUGCUUUUAGUCACAUAAGGGAAGUUCUGAGAAGGCUUUUAUUUUUUGCAUCUCUUGAAUCUCUAUUGUUUCCAACUUAAAAUAAUCUUUGUGCCAAGGUGGCGUAUUUUGGUGUAUUCUGCUCCCCUCCAACGGAAGAAACAGGAUUCUUCUCCUCUGCCCCCAUUGAUUUGCUUCCGUGUCUUACUUUAUUUUUAUUUUCAAUUUGUUAAAUUUAUUUUUUACUCUGCACUGCAACGGAUGCAAAUGCGUCUCCGUUUAUUUAUGUGAGCUGCAGCUUGCGCGGUGCCUGUUAUGUGCAGAAGUCCCUGACUCCGAGGCCCCUGACAAGAUUAAAACGUCAUGGGGGUGACAAGCCGGGUAGUCACAGAGAACUGAUAAAGAAGCAGUGCCAACUACCAGGAUUUGGGGAGACAGUCUUUUCCAGAGCCAGUCACGGGGCUCUGCAGAGCCCAGGAGCUGGGAGUCUGCCCUCCCCAGCAGUUCUCGGGCGAAUGUCCAUAGGAGACUGCGCUUCACUCCCUAAGCUGUCACGUUCCAGAGGACUUCACCCUCAGGACAUUUUUUCUUUCUUAAAAGGACUUGUUCUUGUGGCUAUCCGGGUGGCUGGCUGGGAGAAGGAACCGGUUUCUCCAGCCCCUGGGCCUUCUCAGGCGGCCAGGCCGGCCUCUGCAGGGUGCUGGUGGGGGCGAACAACGGGGUCUAGGCUCUGGACGACUGGAGAAAGUCUGCCGGGAGGAAGAAGAGGAAGAGGCUGGGAGGAAGAGGAGGAAGAGUCCACUGAGGCCCAGCCGGGAGGACGGGCCGCCCGAGGCCUCUGCACGCCCAGCCGGGGCCUGCACUUCCUGCGCCGGCUGCCGAGCGGGGCUGGCUGAUGAUUAACGAGGACAGCUGCCUCUCCAGAGCUCACACCUUCCUGCCGUGUGUCUGACACAGCCCGGGACCUGACAGAGCCCCUGCGUGAGGGACUUCCGGGAAAUUCCCCGGUGCGGAGGGAUCGGGAUCUCUAGCGGCCCAGACCCAGUCUGUCCCCACGUCUGCGUGGAGAGCAGCCGAGAGGCCGUUAGGAAACAAACGGAGAACCUUCCUGAAGCCCUGAGGAGGAGGUUUACCUGUCUGAGGGCGAGGAAGACCAUGCGGAGAUGCAGGGCAGCUGGGAAGGCUUCCUGACCGUGCUGGGCGUCCUGGCCGGGCUGGCAGCUUCUGGAUCCAGCUAUCAAAUCUUAGAAGGUCCCAAGAAUGUGACGGUCCUGGAGGGCUCGGAGGCUCGCUUCAACUGCACGGUCUCCCCGGGCUGGAGGCUCAUCAUGUGGGCUCUGGAGAGCACCGUGGUGCUGAGCGUGACGCCCACGGAGCCCAUCAUCACCAACGACCGCUUCACCUCCGAGAGCUACGCCGUGGGCGGCAACUUCAUCUCCGAGAUGAUAAUCCACAACGUGCAGCUCAACGACUCGGGGCAGGUCAGGUGCAGCCUCCAGAACAGCAACCGGGACGGAACUGCUUUUCUCUCCGUCCAAGUUAUGGGAGCGUUGCUCAUCCCCAAUGUUAGUCUUGUGGUCACUGAGGAUAAACCUUGUAAUGUUACUUGCCGAGCGUUGGGCUGGACGCCACUCCCGGAGUUUUCCUGGGAGGUCGGCGUCCCCGUCAGCCAGGCAAGCAAUUACUCUGUGCCGGAGCCCGGAGACCUUCACAGUGCACGGAGCAUCCUGGCUCUCACGCCGCGGGGCAAUGGGACUUUGACUUGCGUGGCCACUCUGAGGACCCUGCAGGCCCGAAAGUCUGCAAGUGUAAACCUCACUGUGGUUCAGCCUCCCCUGGGCAGUACUGAUGAUCCAGACACAUCACUGCCUACCUGGGCCAUAGUUCUACUUGCAGUGUUGUCUUCAUUGCUUUUGAUCCUGAUAAUUGUUCUGAUUAUAAUAUUCUGCUGCUGCUGUGUCUCCGGGACAGAGAAAAAAGAGUCUAGUUAUCAAAGUGAAAUAAGGAAAUCUGCAAGUGCGAAGACAGACAAAGGAACUUCUGACACAAACUUAAAAAGUGGAAACGAAAACUAUGGCUACAGUUCAGAUGAACCAAAGACCACACAGAUUGCUUCUCCCACUCCCAAGGCCCGCGGAGUCAGCGUUCUGGAAAGAAGUAGCAGUAGACAUCCUUAUCAGGAACCCAACACUCAUCGGUCCAGCCCGGCAAGUCGUCCACAGGUUUCUUUUAUUAAUAACCCGGCCAGUCACAGGCAGGUCAGGAACGCAACCCUGGUAUAGCAGACACUUCCCUUGGCCUCCAUCUUGCACUUGGCUGACGGUCCACAACACAGAGAUACCAUCCUUCCUCUCUGACACCAGGCUCCAGCUUUGAAGAGACGAUGUCGCAGUCAUUGGAACUGAUAUUUUAUAGAGAGAGAAGGAUUCCGUUUUCCCAGACUUCAAAGUAGAAUUUGACUUUUAAAAGGUUUCCGAGUUUUAGUGAAUUUCACCAAGUUACUAGGUAAAAAAGCCGCGCAUUUAUCAUGGUGGAGUUUCUCAGCACUCAACACUCCCGCUUGCUAAUCCCGUAAAUGGUAGGUAAGUCUAUGAUCUACCGUGACUUUUAACACGUUUCUGUUAUUUUAAAUCAUACCAAGGUGAUAUUUAUGUAUGUUUCAUAGGUAGUGGCAUCGUUGCAUAUUAUCAGUGAAAUAAGAGGAUGAAACUUAGGGUCAAUCCGAAAUCUAAAAUUGACUGGCAAAUCAGAGCUCCAAAAGUUAAAGAUAAGAUUCGAUUCGAGCGCUGGUGCACACGGGCCUAAAUGCCCCACGAUUGAGCAUUUACGUGAAGACACUCGCUUUUGUCUGUUUCCCUGUCGGGCUUGUUCUCUUCUCCUCAAACGAAUGAAAUGUGGAUCAUGCUUUGUGGGGGAUGUACCUCGCACACCACGGAAAAACUGGAGACGGGCAAUGUGUUCUUUAAUAAAGAAAAAAGAAAACACGAAAAAA